AUGACGCUGUCUGUUGAUCUAGCCAUGCGAUACAAAGAAACCAAGCCUGUAAGCACGCUAUUCAAAACGAUCUGCGAUGCGUAUGAGAAGAACACCCGUGCGAGGCGGAUGAUGUUGCAGGAUGCAUUCUGGUGUGCUCGCCACGAUCCGAAUCAACCGAUUGCCAAGUGGAUCGCGAAGAUUCGAAUCGCAGCUUCCGAUCUCAAGUCAGCGAAACUGACCCCUGCGGAUCAGCAAGUCUGUGACCGUCUGCUUCGUGGACUAGACGACACAUGGAAGCCCAUUCGCGAUCAUUUAGUUUACUCACCAAGCGAGAUCUCCCUUGACGACGCUAUCGGGGCACUGGAAGCGCACGAAGUCUCUAAGCAGGUCUCGUUCGAUAAUGUUCCGGAAUCAUAUGCGGCAGCUGCGGUCGCAAAGAAGAAGAAGACUCCCGGUUGCUGGUCGUGUGGCGAGAUUGGACACCACUCGUCGGCGUGUCCGAAUGCUCCCCUCAAGAAUAAAACAAAGGCAAAAGCUAACUUGGUCGAGGCUAGAGCCGGCGCCACAUCAGCGGUAUCUCUUGGAAACGGCGGCCCAAGUGACGACGAAGAAGAAGACGAUUUCGACCCGGAAAUCGAUGUCUAUUGGGGAUGA